GUGUGUGUGUGUGUGCAGAAGCUGCUCCAGUACCGCGCGGCUCCUAAAGUGAUGCGCUGCAUGACGAACACGCCGGUGGUGGUGCGCGAGGGAGCGACGGUUUACGCCACAGGAACUCACGCCGAGGUGGAGGACGGGAAGCUCCUGGAGCAGCUGAUGGCCAGCGUGGGCUUCUGCACCGAAGUGGAGGAGGAUCUGAUCGACGCCGUGACGGGCCUCAGCGGCAGCGGACCUGCUUACGCGUUCACGGCUCUUGAUGCUCUGGCUGACGGCGGGGUGAAGAUGGGGUUGCCACGGCGACUGGCGGUCAGACUGGGAGCACAAGCUUUACUGGGAGCAGCUAAGAUGCUUUUGGACUCGGAGCAGCACCCGGGACAGCUGAAGGACAACGUCUGCUCACCAGGUGGCGCUACCAUCCACGCACUGCACUUUCUGGAGAGCGGAGGCUUCCGGAGUCUCCUCAUCAACGCUGUGGAGGCCUCCUGCAUCCGGACCAGGGAGCUGCAGUUUCUGGCCGAUCAGGAGAAGAUCUCCCCCGCCGCCAUCAAGAAGACGACGCUGGAUAAAGUGCUGCAGCAGCCGGGCGUCUCGUCCACAUCAGUCGCCACCAAGAGCAGAGUGAACCUGUUCAACAACAGGAGCGGCGUCAAGAAGUGAACACACGCACACACAGGACAAUACAAGAACUGUGCUGCCUGUCCACACACACAUUCAGAUUGAAAUGCAUUAUGGGUCUGUGCUUGUGCUGACAGUGCACCUCCUGUUACACUGGUACAGUAUUACACCGGGAAACACGUGUCAUAAAGAGUGUUAUUAAUAUUAUUAUUAUUAUUAACACCUUCAUAUCUUUAAAGUCCAUGAAAAUUCAAAGGGAAUAAUGGAAAUCGUUUCCAGAUGGGUUUUUAUGUCUAUGGUCACUUUGUUCUAGGAUGAAACUGGACGCAUGACACGUUUUGACUCACGUUUUGCACACAUGCACUGUCAGACUUGUUGAUUUUGUUUUGGUUAACAAGAUAUCAGAACUUCCUAAAGCAGUGUCCUGGCAAACCUCAAAACACCCUAUAGCAACGCCCUGAUAACCCUAUAACAACACCCUGGCAACAACUCGAAACACCCUAUAGCAAGGUCCUGGCAACUACUGAAACCCCAUAGCAACCCUAUAGCAACAACCUGGCAACGAUGCAUAACAGCGUAUAGUAAUGCCCUGGCAAUAACUCAAAACACCCUAUAGCAAUGAAAACACCCUAUAGCAACGCCCUGGCAACAACUCAAAACACCAUAGCAACCCUAUAGCAAUGCCCUGACAAAAACUCAAAACACCCUAUAGCAACGCCCUGGCAACAACUCAAAACACCAUAGCAACCCUAUAGCAAUGCCCUGGCAAGAACUCAGAACACCGUAUAGCAACGCCCUUCUAAACGGGCUUUUAUGUCAGUGGUCACUUUGUUCCAGGAUGAAUCUGAUUGUUUUGCACACAUGAACUUUCAGAUCUGUUGAUUUUCUUUGCUUAACAGGAUAUCAGAACUUCUCUGAGCUGUUGCAGGAAGUGAUGUCACAGAAUAGCAACUUUUAUUUAGCUUUUUUGCUCUUUAAGUUUGACUUAUUCUCUUGAACUCUUUUGAAUACGUUACCUGUAAGUUCUUUCUGAAACAUUUCAUCUGGAUCUAUUGCAGACCUGGACACCCUUAUAUAUUUGUUGUUUGUUCUUUUUAAAAUGCUGGAGAAAAUAAUGAAAUGUCAAAUAGCCAAAGUGUUUUGUAAGCCGAUUAUCAGGCGUGAAGCAUCUUUCUGUUUGUCUGUUCUGUGUAUUUUUAUUACAGAAAUAUGAAAACUGCAUAAACAGUGCUGAAAGUUAAAACA